UUUAUUGUGGACAGAGUCGCUUUAGCAUCAUAUGCUAAAGUCCAGAGAGAGCUGGUUCAGUAAAAGAGCACCGAGGAGGAGACAGUUGUCAAACAUCACUGAUCAACAGACAUGAGCGGGAAGCAAAAAGUCAGUUUCGACCCCAAAGAGCACCAGCACUUGCGUUACAAUCCUCUUAGGGACAGCUGGGUCCUUGUAUCAGCCCACCGUAUGAAGAGACCUUGGGCAGGUCAGGUAGAAAAACCAGCUGAGGAGCACAUACCCAGAUAUGACCAAAAUAACCCGCUCUGUCCCGGGAACAAACGGGCAAACGGAGAGGUGAACCCAGAAUAUGACAGCACCUUUGUCUUUGAGAAUGACUUCCCUGCUCUUCAGCCAGAUGCUCCAGACCCUGGUUCAGACCAAGAUCCCUUAUUUCAGUCUAAAGCUGCAAGGGGUGUCUGUAAAGUCAUGUGUUUCCAUCCCUGGUCGGAUGUCACCCUCCCUCUCAUGAAAAAAGAAGAGGUUGUCAAGGUGAUUGACAAGUGGGCGGAGCUUGUUAAAGAUCUCGGCACUGUUUACCCAUGGGUUCAGAUCUUUGAGAAUAAGGGUGCUGUGAUGGGUUGCUCUAAUCCACAUCCUCACUGCCAGGUGUGGGCCAGCAACUUUCUUCCUAAUGAGCCAGCUCUGUCAGACCGCUGUCAGAGGGCAUACUAUCAGAAACACGGAGAGCCACUGCUGCUGCAAUACGCCAAACAAGAGUCUGAGAAAAAGGAACGAAUCGUCGUGGAGAGUCCUGAUUGGCUGGCAGUGGUUCCAUAUUGGGCUACUUGGCCUUAUCAGACGUUGCUGUUACCAAGACGACAUGUACUCAGAAUCAAUGACUUGACAGCAGAUGAGAGGGAGGGUCUGGCUGCCAUUAUGAAACGACUGCUGACCAAGUAUGACAAUCUGUUUGAAGUCUCUUUUCCUUACUCCAUGGGCUGGCAUGGAGCUCCAACUGGCUCCUAUUUAGAAGAAGACAACUCCCACUGGCAACUGCAUGCUCACUACUACCCACCCCUGCUGCGUUCAGCUACAGUUAAGAAGUUUAUGGUGGGUUAUGAGAUGCUUGCCCAGGAGCAAAGAGAUCUCACCCCUGAACAGGCUGCCGAAAAGCUAAGAAACCUGCCAGAAGAGCACUAUAAAACCAGACAGACCCACGAAAAAAGUGGAGGAAAGGAAGGAUCGAACUGAAACAAACUGUGUGAAGGUUGGAAGAGCUGUAUUUAAAAGAUAGUAUUCUAUUAAAAAAAAAAAAAAGUGUCUUGUAAAUGCUGCAAAGUAAGAUGUUUAAGUGCCUUUUCUGACAUAGGGCUGAAAGAUUUUUCUACAUGCACCCAACGAAGGAUUAUGCGUGUAUUUUCAGUAUACAUGUACAGAAAGCUGAUACUGGGUUCCUGACUGUAAUAAAGGAUUUUAAA